CGUGUCAACAAGAGGUAAACAAAGUGACAUGGUCAUCCCUUCCCGAUGAAAGCGACCGGUUUAUCGUUAUUUUUGACUCGAAAUGGAGACUAAAAUUGCGACAGUGACUCUCCUCUGCGUCCAUCUGGCCUUUGAGACUGUCCUAGCUGCUAACCAGAUCAAAGGACUCGACGAUGCCAUACUAUUUCGACUUACUUGGCCUGGAUCGGAAAACAGCCUGUUGGAAUCGCCCGACUAUGAAAAGCUUGUUAUGACAACUCCCAACAAUGAGCAGUACCAGUGCCUCAUCCCAAUAAACUAUGGAGAUGAUGGGGAUGAUGCAGAUAUCUACACAGGACCAAAUCCCUUGACAUUAUUGAUGCCAUUGUUUAAGAAGCAGACAUGCAACUUGUGGCUGGAGUCAUAUUGGACCUACGAGCUGUGCCAUGGCACUCACCUGAAGCAGUACCGUGAGGAGCGAGAGGGCAAGUCCCCUCGAAGGCAGGAAUACAUCCUCGGCAUCUUGUCCAUGGAAGAGCUACGUAUUGCAGAGGCCAAGCUUGAUGAGGAUCUGAAGGCGAACCCCAACCCAGUCAUCCCCACCACCAAGAUCGAAGGGAUUGACAUGCCCUACUUUAUGAUCAACUACACUGAUGGCACCAUUUGUGACCUUACGGGAAAGCCACGUGUCAGUCACAUCCUCUUUGUGUGCUACGAGAAAGGCCGCCACGACAUCCACAGCAUCAAAGAGACAUUUACAUGUGAAUAUGAGAUUGUUGUGCUCUCGCCCAACAUCUGCCAGCAUCCUUUUUAUAGGCCACGGGAACUUCCCCAGACGGACCUCCACUGCAUCCCAAUGUCAGGCGCUCCCAAGAGGCCACGGAACCUCCGGAGGAUAGAAACAGAGAGCCUCAAGAUGCGCUCCAAUGGGGCUAUGCUGAGCGGAGUUUCAUCCAGUGGCUCCAUAAAACUCGAGGUAGUGGACGAUCCCGACCACCCCAGCAUAGCCUCCGUUACCCCUGAACCCCCUGCCAAGCUGUCCCUCUUCCCCCCCCAGCCAGCCAUUGACCAGAAGCUUGUGCAGGACUUCCUCAAUGGUGAAUACUGCCUGCAUGGGGGCUCUGGAUGGUGGAAGUACGAGUUCUGCUACGGGCGGAAAGUGGAGCAGUAUCAUGAGGACCGCGACGGAACUAGGACCGUAAUCCUCUUAGGGCAGUUUGACUUGGAGGGCCAUCGUGCAUGGAUACAGAAGCACCCAGAGAAGGUUUACAAACCUGGCAGGAGGUAUGUGUCACACUUCUACUCUGGAGGCACGACCUGUGACCUGACGGGCAGACCACGUCAAGUUGAAGUCAAACUCAAGUGCAAGGAGUCGCAGAGUCCGAGCUCCGUGACCUUAUACCUCCUGGAGCCUGAUACUUGUGAGUACACCCUUGGGGUCGAAACCUCCAUCAUCUGCCCGCUGCUCCAACACGCCGACACCCUCGGACUCUUCACCCAAAGUCAGGGUAAAGUAGAGGCUGAGGGCACCAUUGAUCCAGCCAUCCUGGUGGAGGAGAUCAUGCAGAGUCAGCAGGCAGAGGGUGAGGUGGAGGAGGUGGAGGAAGAGGAGCUGGAGGAACACGUGGUGGUGGAGGAGCAACAGGUGGUGGUUGUGGAGGAGAAGGUAGUGGUGCUGGUGGAGGAAGGAGUGGAGGAAGGACAUACUGAAGAGGAGGAAGGGAGUGUGAAGGACGAGAGGCUCUCCCAAAAGGAGAAGUCUAAGGGGGAGACGCAGCCAUCAGGGACACCCAGGGGCGAAGAACAGCCUUGAAGGGGACUUCUGUAUCUAUCUCAUAUCUUAUUUUCUCUUUCCUGUUCUCUGUAUUUUUUCUUUCUGUUCUUUCUCUUUUGCUGUUUAUAUUUAUAAUUUUCUAUACAUCUACAUAUCUAUCUAUCCCUCUUCAGGGAAGGGAGGAAGGGGACCUAGCAGUGAAGGGCUAAACCGGUGUUUCUUUAAGAAAAUGGAAAUAGAAAGCCCCCCAAAAAUGAGAUGUAGGCAAAUUGUAGUUCAGUAUGGGUGGAAACCAGUGAAGGUGCAGGGACCAGCAAAAGAAGUUUUUGAGCUUCCUUUUUACCCAACACCAAUAUUUGAUAUUAAUGGCAAAGAUGAUAAUGAUGAACACUAAUGAUUAAAUGCAGUGGGAGUGGUUAUAUGUAAUGUUCAAAAUCAUGGAAUAAUGUUUUCUUACAUGUAUGUAUACAUGUAGCCUAUAUAUGCACAUGUGCUUUUUUGCCAGUAAAUGUUAGGAAUAUAUUUUUUUCUAACUUUGUGGUAGCUCUUGGACUUUGCUUGUGAGGCAAAAUUGAACAUUUAUUUUUUCAAGUGUCUUUUUUAUAUAAGACCCUAGAUUCACCCCUCCCUUAUCCCCUUUCGUCUCUUUCCUCUUCCUUAUGUUGUCUCCACUUCUCCCUCCCCUUUUUCUCUCACUUCCCCUUCUGUUUGUAUGUCAUCACUGGGGGGGUAGGGGUAGGGAAAUGUACACACUGUUUCUCACACAGUUUGCCUUUCUGAAUCAUGAAUAAGAUGUCCCAUAUGGAGUUGGUGUAGCACAGAAAAGAAAGAGACCGAAGCUAAUCAUUGUCAGUGCAUUCUUAGUACAUUAUAUGUUUGUAAUUUAAAGAGAGCUCAUGAGAAAAAGACUUUGUUUCAUGUGGUGUAAAUUGUGCAGGUAUGAGGUGACAGUGAGGCUAAAAAUAUUUAUCAUCUCCAUUGGUACAGUUACCUCUCCUGUUAAAAGAAUUCUAGAUAUAGGAAAAUGGAAUUUAAAAAGAAGUGAGUUGAAAAGAGGAAUGCAAAAUGUGUCCAGGUUGUCUUCCCAAAAUGACAAAAAAGGAAUCACUUUUAAGUUCUAGUCUUCAGUGGUGCGAGCACAGGAAAAUAACUCAAAAAAGAAAGAAAACACAGACAUAAACAUCACAGAAACCUAUCAAUGUUAUGUUUUAUAAGAAGUUAGUUUUCUCUCUCUCUCUCUCUCUCUUUUGUUUUCAAGCUGUUUUUGUUUUGUUGUAUUGGGAUGUAUGUAUUUUUAUGUAUUUUGGCAUGUGUAGGUUGUUUGUAUUGUAGGGUUUCGUGUGUAAAAGUUGUAUAUAAUUCAUUGUGGGGUUUUCAUUUUUUUCUCUCUUUCUUUCUUUCUUUCUUUCUUUCUUUCUUUUUCUUCUUUCUUUCUUUUUUUUUUUUUUUUUUUUCUUUUUUCUUUUUCUUUUUUCUCUCUCUCAGAGUUGAUGGGUAGUGUGUGGAUGAGAGAUAGGGAAAGGGAGGGGGUAUGGGGCUGGUUAGGGUAGUCUAAAAGUUUAUAAGGAGGUUGAUUAUUGCUGUGUAUAUUUAAUAAGCUGCGAAUGAGAGAUUAUUCUGUGAUAACGUUGUGAUUUGAGCGUUUUCAUUCCAUCUCCAGCGGACGUUGGAGGUCGGGAGCUGCAGGACUAAACUAUUUUCACACAAUGCUUUUCAGAAUUAAAUUAAAGUGAAAAGAAGAAAGAAACAACAAAAAAGACAAAGAAGAACACUAAGACAUAAAUGGCAGAAUGUUUAGGGGGAAAAAAAAGUACAUGGUUAAAAUGUGAAAUCCUUUGAUAAAUACUUCAUUCACUACUUUCUGUGACAGAAAAGAAAGGCUUGUGAAUAGAAUUGGCAUAAACCUGAUUGAAAGGGGAGGUGGUUCCUAUGAAAUCAACUCCCCGCCCUCGCAUUCACUUCCCCGAUGUAUAAUGACUUCAUGAGUUCAGAACCUUUUGAAUAUUAUAACGACAACAACUCGGUCUUAUGACGCGCUCCAGCCUAGGUAUGUAACACUUUAUAUAUCACUUGAUAGUGUGCUCUUUCACUCUCAUUUCGUCAGUAACUAAAUGCUCGAAGACGUAUGAUGAUAAAUCCCAGGGCAGGCAGGGUUUUAAAGGUUGUUGUAAAUGACAUCUUCCAUGCCAUUUUUUUGUGUAGAAACCUACUGUAUGUAUAGAUAUAUAGAUAUAUUUUUAUGCUGUGACUGGUUCAAACUCCUUUGUGUGUAAACUUGUUAUAUGUCUGCAGACUUGAUGUGAGUGAAUAAAUUAAGAGAUCCUCCUA